GACCAUGUCUGAAACUGCACCUGAAGUUGCAGCAGCAGCUGCCCCAACUCCAGCCUCCAAGGCUCCAGCUAAAAAGGCAAAGAAGGCGGCGGGGGGUUCGAAACUCCGGAAGCCUUCAGGCCCCAGCGUGACCGAGCUGAUCACUAAGGCAGUGUCAGCCUCUAAGGAGCGCAAAGGGCUGUCUUUGGCUGCUCUUAAGAAAGUUUUGGCAGCUGGCGGGUACGAUGUAGAAAAGAACAAUAGUCGUAUUAAGCUGGGGCUGAAGAGUCUGGUGAGCAAAGGCAUUUUGGUACAGACCAAAGGUACUGGUGCCUCUGGUUCCUUCAAACUCAACAAGAAGCCGGGUGAGAUCAAGGAAAAGGCACCCAAGAAAAAGCCUGCGGCAAAGCCGAAGAAACCAGCUGCCAAGAAACCCGCCAGCGCCGCUAAGAAGCCUAAGAAAGCUACGGCAGUGAAAAAGAGCCCGAAAAAAGCCAAGAAACCAGCAGCUUCCGCGGCCAAGAAAACAGCCAAGAGCCCGAAAAAGGCCAAACCUGCAAAGCCUAAGAAGGCAGCUAAGAGUCCGGCUAAGGCCAAGGCGGUGAAGCCCAAGGCUGCCAGGCCCAAGCUAAACAAACCCAAAGCAGGAAAGGCUAAGAAGGCAGCGCCCAAGAAGAAGUGAAGCUGUUUGAAGAGAACUCGAAUCUCGUGCAAACAAACCCAACGGCUCUUUUAAGAGCCACCCAUCCCUUCCCCAAGGAGCUGAAACACCUAGUGUGCUGUGCAUCAAAGAUUGCUUUGGUGGAGGACCGGCUCUAGCAGUUUCUUCACCUUUUAUAACAUUCCAAAACCUCAUUUUCUGUAUAAUUUAAGAAACCAAUUUUAAUCUCUGAACCAGAAACAAUUUAGAAAAAUGUAAUGGGUGGGUUUUUUUUUUUUUUUAAACUAUGCUCGCAGGGAUUCUAGCCGUUUAGAUUUUGCGGUUAGAGCUCGUCCCGCUGGCAAUUUAGAACGCCCUUCUCGGUUUAUUUUGCUUAGCUGUUGGGAAUGUAUCACCGGUUAAGCAGUGCGAAGAAUAGUAGUUUUGCGGGAAUUGGGGAAAAUUUGAAAAAUCCGCGCUUUUUAUCAACUGGAUAAUUUGAAAAAUCCGCGUUAUACGACGAUUAGUCUGGUCCAUGACGCCCCUCUUUCCCUUCCGCCCCUGGGUUUCUUUGACUUCAGUGAAUCCACUCCAUUUACCCGUACAAAUUAAAUAUUCUGCUUUAAUGUUUUAAAUUACAGAAUUUUUCUAAAAUUGAGUUGAUUUAUAGCUAUUUCCGCCUAUACUCUACUAAUGAAAAUACAUAAAUUUUAAUUUUAGCCCUAAUUUAAUCGGAACGGUAGAUUAGUUUUAUUUAUAAAAAUUCGAGAGGCAAGUUUCGUCCAAAUCACUCUACAAAAAUUAUUUCACGUAAUAAAAAGUAAACCAGGAUUUAAGCAACAGGGAGAACAU